GGAAAUCACGGACAAGCAGAAAUAAGAAGGCGACCCACUCUCUCCGCACACUCUAUUGCCGUGCAACAGGGGAGCGAGGGCGAGAGAGAGAGAGAGAGAGAGAGAGCGAGCAGCAGCAACAGCGAGCAAUGUCCUCAAACUUACAAGAUCUCCACGGCAUUGCCUCUUUUCUCGCCGCGCUGCUGGCCUCCACCUUCUUCGUGGCCAACUCCGCCACCUUAGCCCUCUUCAACAAAUGCAAAGAACCCGUUUGGCCCGGCAUCCAGCCCAGCGCCGGAAAGCCCAUCCUCGCUCGCGGAGGCUUCCUCCUCCUCCCCAACCAAGCAUACUCCCUCCGCCUCCCUGAAUCCUGGUCCGGACGGCAGAGAUCACUCUCGGCUCCUCUCCCCACACGCAGGACUUUUACGACGUCAGCCUCGUCGACGGCUACAACCUCGCCCUCUCCAUGCGGCCAUUUCGUGGUGCGGGUCGCUGCGGCGACGCCGGCUGCGUGAGCGAUUUGAACGAGGUUUGUCCGGCCGGACUGGCGGUGCGAGCUGGACCUGGGAGUCGUGUCGUCGCGUGUAAGAGCGCUUGUUCCGCGUUUGGAUCGCCCAGGUACUGUUGCACGGGGAGCUUCGGCAGUCCGCAGUUGUGUAAGCCGACGGUGUACUCUAAGCUGUUUAAAUCUGCGUGCCCGCGAGCGUACUCGUACGCGUUUGAUGAUCCGACGAGUAUUCUUACGUGCACGGGUGCGAGUUAUCUUGUUACCUUCUGUCCUCAUCGCUAGAGGUGAGAGUUCUUCUGAAUGUGGGCUGUGGCUUAUCUAAUUACUUGUUUGGUUGAAGAUUUGGUUAUUUCAAAGUUUAAUUACGGAUGUGAUUUUGGAACUGGAUUUUAGUGAUAUUGAUGAUUUAGAAGUAUUUUUGUUUGUAUUAUUUAGCUAGCUACAUCUUUUACUGAUGAAUGUUGGGUUGGUGUGAAUUUGUUUA